GUGAAGGAGGGUCGGUGCGCUCUGCAGACAAAUUUCACUUGUCAUUCCUGAAUAACGGCGCUCUAUCAGAGGGGCUGGAAUCGGACUUCAGCAAAAGAAGUGCGGUGGCCUUCGCCCUCACUCAGCAACGAUGUCCGAAUAUUUCCUCACCUUUCUCGUCAUACUGGGAUUCGGGGAUAUAUUCUCAAAUGUUCAGACACUAAGGGACGCUGAUUCAGAGCAAGAGGCCAUUUUGUGUGACGUUGGAGAGUUUCUGUGCGGAGACCAGCUGACCUGUGUGUCCGAUAACUGGCUUUGUGAUGGGGAACCAGACUGCCCAGAUGGUUCUGAUGAAGUUCUGGACAAAUGUACGGUGGAGGUGAUAGUCAGAUGUCCCCUAAAUCACAUACAGUGUAUUGGGACAAGAAAGUGCAUUCACUUCAACAAACUCUGUAAUGGGGCAAAAGACUGUGAGGACGGUUUUGACGAAGGAGUCCACUGUAGAGAACUCCUGUCAGCCUGUCACGAGUUGCAUUGCCGUUAUGGAUGCAUCAUGACCAGAAACGGCACAUUCUGCUUCUGUGCGGAUGGAUUUGAGGUUGGAGAGGAUGGGCGUAGCUGCAGAGAUCAUGAUGAAUGUGCCAUGUACGGGACAUGCAGCCAGACCUGCAUGAACACCUAUGGGUCAUAUCGCUGCAGCUGUACAGAUGGGUACAGCCUCCAGUCGAACAGACGCUCCUGCAUAGCCAAACACGAGCCUGGCGAAAACCCUGCAUCGCUGCUGAUUGGAGGCUCAGAUAAUAUUAUAAUCACAGCCCUUAAUGGGUCUCGUCUGCAAACCCUCAAACAACUGUACUCAAAUGGGACUCAUGGCUUGGAUUUCAAUCACAAAGAGGAAUCUGUAUGCUGGGUCACAUCUUCAGAGUCCUCAGGACAACUUCGGUGUGCCAGGAUGAGGAAAGCAAGUGGUUUCACUAAAGAACAGGAAGUAAAGACGAUCCAGAAUCUCCACGACGUUGAUCAUUUAGCCUUCGACUGGCUCACAGGAAACCUUUACUUUGUGGAUCAAGCAAGCGACAGGAUAUUUGUUUGCAACCAGUAUGGAGAUACCUGUGUUACAGUCAUAGACCUGGACCUGUUGAACCCUAAAUCAAUCGCUCUGGAUCCUCUAAUGGGGAUGCUCUUUUUCACUGAUUAUGGGAAUACAGCCAAACUGGAGCGCUGCAAUAUGGAUGGUACAAACAGAACACGACUUGUGGAUUACAAGGUUGAGCGGCCGACUGCAGUGGCUUUGGACCUGGUGAAGAAGUUGGUGUACUGGGCAGACGCAUAUCUGGAUUACAUUGAGAUGGUCGAUUACAACGGCAAAAACAGACAUACUAUCAUCCAGGGAUAUCAAGUGGCACACCUGCAUGGAUUAGCUGUCUUUGAGGACUACUUGUUUGCAACUCGCUCUGAACCCUCCAGUGGAGCGGUGGUGGACAUCUUACGGAUAAAUCGCUUCAAUGUCACUGACCCGGAGACGCUAACCAGCAUAGGAAAUGCAAAAACGAUACGGGUUUACCACAAGCUCAGUCAACCGAAAGUCAAGGGCCAUGCGUGUGAAGUUGACCCUUAUGGUAAGCCAGGAGGAUGCUCACACAUCUGCCUUCUCAGCGGGAGCUACAAAUCCCGGAGCUGCCGCUGUCGUACCGGAUUUAGCCUGGGAAGUGAUGGGCAGUCCUGCAAAAAACCCAAAAAUGACCUUUUCCUCUUCUAUGGAAAGGGACGACCUGGGAUAAUUCGUGGUCUGGACAUGAACGUGAAGUCGAGCAACGAGCACAUUGUUCCCAUCGAGGACUUAGUGAAUCCAAGAGCUUUAGACUAUCAUGCUGAGACUGGAAACAUUUUUUUUGCUGAUACUACAAGUUUUUUGAUAGGACGGCAGAAAGUUGAUGGGAGCGGCCGGGAAACAAUUCUCAAAGAUGAUCUUGAUAAUGUGGAGGGUAUUUCAGUGGAUUGGAUUGGGAAUAACCUGUACUGGACCAACGAUGGAUACAGAAAAACCAUCAGCGUGGCCAGACUAGAACAGGCAUCUGGAACCAGGAAGACUCUUUUGGAGGGAGACAUGUCUCACCCUAGAGCCAUAGUGGUGGAUCCUCUCAAUAGUUGGAUGUACUGGACGGAUUGGGAAGAGGAUGAGGUGAACGACAGCAUCGGGCGAAUAGAGAAAGCCUGGAUGGAUGGGUCCAACAGGAAAAUAUUUGUCACAUCUAACAUGCUGUGGCCCAAUGGACUCACUUUGGACCAUGGAUCCAGUACCAUGUACUGGUGUGAUGCCUAUUACGAUCACAUUGAGAGAAUCUACCUUAAUGGCACUGGGAGAAUGGUUGUGUACAGUGGCAGGGAACUCAAUCACCCGUUUGGGAUUGCACAGUACCAAAAUUCCAUCUUCUGGACUGAGUACAUGAACGCUUCAAUCUUCCAGCUGGAUCUGGUCUCUGGUGAAGUCACUCUGCUGAGAAGUGAAAGACCCCCCCUUUUUGGGCUCCGAGUAUUUGAUGCACAAAGCCAGCUGGGUGACAAUGCCUGCCGGGUGAAUUAUGGUGGUUGUGGUACCCUCUGCUUGGCCGUUCCAGGAGGCCGAGUGUGCGCAUGUGCUGACAACCAGCAUCUGGACAAGAACAAUGUCACGUGCUCUGACUCUGCAGGUCAAGAGGAGCCGCAGCGGUGCAGAAAUGAUGAGUUUCAAUGCAGGAACUGGCGCUGCAUUCAAGCCAAUUGGAUUUGUGAUGGAGAUGAUGACUGCUUAGAUGGCAGUGAUGAGGAGGCCCAAAUAUGCUCUAACCACAGUUGCCCGAUUGACCAGUUCAAAUGUCCCAAUAACCGCUGCAUACCUAAGAGGUGGCUUUGUGAUGGAACCAAUGACUGUGGAGAUAAUGACGAUGAGUCUAAUAAAACAUGCUCAGCCCAGCCAUGUCGGGCUGGUCAGUUCACCUGUGGUAAUGGUCGCUGUGUACCAGAAGCGUGGCGCUGCGAUCAAGAUGAUGAUUGCGGAGACAUGUCAGACGAGUCCACAUCCUGUGCUUUCCCAACCUGCGAAGCUCUCAGCCAGUUCAGCUGCGCUAAUGGGAGGUGCAUUAGCAUGAAGUGGCAUUGUGACUCAGAUGAUGAUUGUGGAGACAACAGUGAUGAAGCAGGCUGCAUUCACUCCUGUGCUAAUGGCCAGUAUAAGUGCACCAGUGGCAGAUGUAUCCCAGACCACUGGGCCUGCGACGGGGACAAUGACUGCGGGGACUUCAGUGAUGAAAAUGUGACUUGUGCUGGUGUUGCCCCUGCAUUGCCUCCUGUGGAGUGCAGUGGAGAGGAGUUUCACUGUCGCGCUGAUGGGACCUGCAUUCCUGAGCGCUGGCGCUGCGAUGGGGAUAAAGACUGUGAAGACGGCAGUGACGAAACCAACUGCAAGGGCGUUAAGAGAAUAUGUGAUCCCCUGGCUAAGUUUACCUGCAAAAGCUCAGGGAAGUGUAUCAGCAAGAGCUGGGUGUGUGAUGGUGACAACGACUGUGAAGACCACUCGGAUGAAGACUCGUGUGAGUCUUCCAUCUGUAAGCCCCCUACUCAGCCCUGUGCAAAUGACUCCAGCACCUGCCUGUCUCCCGGCAAGAUCUGUGACGGGAGAAAUGACUGCGCUGACCAUUCAGAUGAGGGCCCUUUAUGUGAGAAAUGUUUGCAAGGUAAUGGGGGUUGCAGUCACCAGUGUGUAGUGAUCCCCAGCAAAGGGGUGGUAUGUUCAUGUCCCACCGGACUCCAUCUAGGCUCUGACAACCGAACAUGCGAGACAGUCGACUAUUGCUCUGCUCACCUAAAGUGUAGUCAGAUAUGCGAACAGCAUAAGACCACUGUCAAGUGCUCCUGUUAUCCCGGCUGGAGCCUUGAUCCAGAUGGGGAGAGCUGCCACAGCACAGAUCCCUUUGAGGCCUUUGUUAUCUUCUCUAUCCGGCAUGAGAUCAGACGAAUCGACCUUCAUAAACGUGACUACAGCUUGCUCGUGCCCGGCCUGCGGAACACCAUCGCUCUCGACUUCCACUUCAACCGCAGUUUGCUUUACUGGACCGACGUGGUGGAGGAUAAGAUCUAUCGGGGAAAGCUCUCAGAGACCGGAGGUGUGACCGGGGUCGAGGUUGUGAUUCAGCAUGGUUUGGCCACCCCAGAGGGACUUGCCGUGGAUUGGAUUGCAGGAAACCUUUACUGGAUAGACAGCAACUUGGAUCAGAUUGAGGUGGCCAAGCUGAAUGGGGAAAUGAGAACGACUUUGAUUGCCGGUGGCAUGGAGCACCCACGAGCGCUGGCUGUAGACCCAGGACAGGGCAUACUUUUCUGGACUGACUGGGAUGCCACUUUUCCUCGGAUUGAGGCAACGUCAAUGAGUGGGAGUGGAAGACAUGUUGUGUACAAGGACAUGGAGAUAGGAGCCUGGCCUAAUGGACUCACCCUAGACCAUCAGGAAAGGAGAAUAGUGUGGACAGAUGCUCGCUCUGAUGCAAUAUAUUCUGCCCUGUACGAUGGCACAGGGGUCAUAGAGAUUCUCAGGGGGCACGAGUACCUGUCACACCCGUUCGCUGUGUCUCUCUUUGGAGGUGGUGUGUACUGGACAGACUGGAGGACCAACACUUUAGCCAGAGCGAAUAAAUGGACAGGCCACAAUGUAACUGUGAUCCAAAAGACAAGCGCCCAGCCAUUUGAUCUGGAGAUAUAUCAUCCUAGCCGACAACCUCAAGCUUCAAACCCAUGCGAAGGAAACGAUGGAAGAGGUCCUUGCUCCCACCUUUGUCUCAUUGAUUAUAAUCGCACGGCAUCCUGUUCGUGUCCUCACCUCAUGAAGCUUUCCCUCAACAACCGCUCUUGUGUGGCACUGAAAAAGUUCCUUUUGUAUGUGAGGCGUUCUGAGAUCCGUGGGGUGGACAUUGAUAACCCAUACAUGAAUGUCAUGACUGCUUUGACGGUUCCCGACAUUGAUGAUGUCACUGUGGUGGAUUACGAUGCUCUUGAGGAACGGAUUUAUUGGGCAGACGUUAAAACUCAAACAAUAAAGCGUGCAUUCAUCAACGGAACAGGCCUUCAAACCGUCAUUUCCGGAGGUGAGUCAAAACAAGUCCAAAACUUAUGUGGUAGGCUGUGGUGGGCCGAUGACGAUCUGGCUCAGCUGGGGACAGUCGCCAAGCGGGAUGGACGUAACCCGGUGGUGCUGCGCAAUAAGACCAGUGGAGUGGUCCACAUGAAGGUCUACGACAGAGAUGGUCAGAAAGGUAGAAAUGCCUGUCAGUUAAAUAAUGGUGGUUGCUCUCAGCUCUGUCUGCCCACAUCUGAAAACACACGCACAUGUGCCUGCACCAUUGGCUACAACCUGCGCAGUGACCGUCUCUCCUGUGAAGGCUUGAGUUCUUUUCUGAUGUACUCCUUUCAUGAGGGGAUACGUGGAAUCGCUUUGGAUCCCAGUGACCACGCAGAGACACUGAUGCCCAUCAGCGGCACCUUGUUUGCCGUUGGCGUGGACUUUCAUGCAGGCAAUGAUACAAUUUACUGGACAGACAUGGGUUUAAAUCGGAUCUCCAGAGCCAAGAGGGAUCAGACAUGGAGGGAAGACAUUAUCACCACUGGCAUCAACAGAGUGGAGGGCAUCGCAGUCGAUUGGAUUGCUGGUAACCUUUACUGGACAGACCACGGGCUCAACCUCAUUGAAAUUGCUCGUCUAAAUGGUCUCUACCGGUCAGUUGUAAUAUCAGAUGGGCUGGAUCAGCCAAGAGCCAUUGCAGUGCAUCCACAGAGAGGUUACUUAUUCUGGACCGAGUGGGGGGAAAAUCCUUGCAUAGGUCGUGCACGACUGGACGGUUCCGACCAAGUGACCCUGGUCAGUUCUGGCAUUGCCUGGCCGAAUGGAAUCACCAUUGACUAUGAGGAAAAUAGAUUAUACUGGAGCGACGCCCGGACCGACAAGAUAGAAAGGAUCAACCUUGAAACCGGGGAGGGCCGAGAGAUUGUACUGUCAGCCUCCAAUGUGGACCUGUUCUCCGUGGCUGUGUUCGGGGCUUACAUCUACUGGUCUGACAGAGCCCAUGCCAACGGAUCAAUCCGGCGCGGAUUCAAGAGCGAUGCCAACGAUGCCGUGACGAUGAGAAGUGGUCUUGGCGUCAACCUGAAGGACGUGAAAGUGUUUAACAGAGGCCGGGAGAAAGGCACCAACCCGUGUGCGAGGAGCAAUGGCGGUUGUCAACAGCUGUGUUUUCACCUGGGCAGUGGAAGAAGGACCUGCUCCUGCGCCCAUGGGUACUUAGCCGAAGAUGGCUUCGCUUGCCAAAGAUAUGGGGGCUAUCUUCUCUACUCAGAAAGGACCAUCCUGAAGAGCAUCCACUUAUCUGACGAGAGUGAUCUUAACUCCCCUCUCCAACCUUUUGAGAACCCAGAUUACUUCAAGAACGUCAUCGCUCUGGCGUUUGAUUAUCGGCAACAGAGCUCGCACCACAACCGCAUAUUCUUCAGCGACAUCCAUUUUGGGAAUAUUCAGAUGAUCAAUGAUGACUGGUCAGGAAGACAAGUCAUAGUAGACAAUGUGGGUUCGGUUGAAGGCUUGGCUUAUCACAGAGCAUGGGACACGAUUUACUGGACUAGCUCCACCACCUCAAGCAUCAGCAGGUAUACAGUAGACCAGAGCCGACAAGGAGCCUUCGCCAGGCAAGCUGUUGUCACCAUGUCUGAGGAUGACCAUCCCCAUGUCUUGGCCCUGGAUGAAUGUCAGAACCUCAUGUUUUGGACCAAUUGGAAUGAGCAGCGCCCCAGUAUCAUGCGCUCCUCUCUUGCUGGGAAUAGCAUGAAAGUCAUCAUUAGCACAGAUGUAUUCACUCCUAACGGACUCACAAUUGACCAUAAAGCAGAAAAGCUAUAUUUCUCGGACGGCAGCCUGGGCAAAAUUGAAUGCUGUGAAUAUGACGGCUCCCACAGACAUGUGAUUGUUAGGUCGGGACCUGGCACAUUUUUUGGACUUGCUAUCCAUGGAAACUACAUUUUUUGGUCUGAUUGGACUCGGCGGGCCGUGCUACGAACCAACAAGUUCACCGGAGGAGACACGAAAGUUCUUAGAGCUGAUAUUCCUCACCAGCCAAUGGGAAUUAUAGCAGUUGCCAAAGACACUAAUAGCUGUGAGCUAUCUCCAUGCAGGGUUCUGAAUGGUGGUUGUGGUGACCUGUGUCUCCUUACUCCAGAUGGCACAGUUAACUGCAGCUGCCGAGGAGAACGCAUCCUGCUUGAUGACAACAGAUGCGUGUCCAAAACAUCCUCUUGCAACAUCCACACUGAGUUUGAGUGUGGAAACGGGCAAUGUAUAGACUACCAGCUAACAUGUGACGGAAUUGCCCACUGCAAAGACAAGUCAGAUGAGAAAAUGCAAUAUUGUGACAACAGGAGCUGCCGAAAGGGUCACCGUCCUUGCUACAACAGGCGUUGCGUGGCUAACAGUCGCUUUUGUGAUGGAGUCGAUGACUGUGGGGACAACUCAGAUGAGGCAUUUUGUAACAAUGUCACAUGUGCUGCGUCUGAGUCAUCCUGUCAAGAUGGAACUUGCAUACCAAUAUCCUCUUGGUGCAACCAGGUCGUCGACUGUGCUGAUGCCUCGGAUGAAAAGAACUGCAAUCACACAGAUUGUGCAGACUUUUACAGGAUGGGAGUGGCAGAAAAGGACUUCAUCAGCUGCAACACCACCUCACUCUGCGUUCACCAUUCCUGGUUGUGCGAUGGAGCCAACGACUGUGGAGAUUACGCCGAUGAGAGGAACUGUCAGGUCUCCCACGGGCAGAAAUGCGCAGAAGGCCACUUCGCCUGCCCCAGCGGGAACUGUAUCUCCAGUGUGUGGCUUUGUGAUGGCCAGAAGGAUUGUGAAGAUGGUGCAGAUGAGUUCCAGUGUGACUCCUCCUGUCUGUGGAACCAGUUUGCUUGUUCAAAGAACAAGUGCAUAGCGAAGCAGUGGCUCUGUGAUGGCGAAGAUGACUGUGGAGACGGGGUGGACGAGAACGUGGAUCUCUGUGGCUCGUGGACAUGUGCCCCGGGGUUAUUCAGUUGUCCAGGCUCAUACGCAUGCGUCCCAAAGCGCUGGUUAUGUGACGGGGAGAGAGACUGUCCCGAUGGCAGCGAUGAGCUCGCAGCAGCCGGCUGUGCUCCGAAUAACAAAUGUGAUGAGAAUUCCUUCAGAUGCCUUAACAAAGGCUGCAUUCCAAAACGCUUCGUUUGUGACCAUGACAACGACUGUGGAGAUGGUUCGGAUGAAUCGGUCGAAUGUGUGUACCGCUCAUGUGGGUCGGAUGAGUUCCGCUGUGCUGAUGGCCGAUGCCUGCUCAGCGCCCAGUGGGAGUGUGAUGGUUUCCCAGACUGCCCUGACCACUCUGAUGAGCUGCCCCUCAACCUCAAAUGCCUGGCUGCCGAGAGCUUAUGCAACAGUUCCUUUUUCAUGUGCUCAAAUGGCCGCUGUAUAUCUGAGAAGAGUUUAUGUGACCUGAAAGAUGACUGUGGCGAUCACUCAGAUGAGAAAAACUGCAAUGUCAAUGAAUGUCUCAACCGCCGUGUCAGCGGAUGUACGCAGGAUUGUCUAGACUUACCAGUGGGAUACAAGUGUAAGUGCUGGCCAGGAUUUCACCUAAAGAAUGAUGGGAGAACAUGUGUUGACAUUGACGAAUGCAGCACCACCCUACCCUGCAGUCAGAACUGCACAAACACUUACGGUUCCUUUAAGUGUUUGUGUGUAGAUGGCUAUGAAGCUUCCAGAAAAGACCCCAACAGCUGCAAGUCUCUUUCAGCUGAAGAACCUUUUCUUAUACUUGCUGAUCUUCAUGAAAUCAGAAAAUUAAGUGUUGAUGGAUCCAAUUACACUCUCCUGAAACAGGGCCUCAACAACAUUAUCAGCUUAGAUUUUGACUACAAGAAGGAGUUCAUUUACUGGAUUGACUCGAGCAGACCCAGCGGCCGACGGAUAAACAGAAUUCGCCUUAACGGCAGUGACCUCAAGAUUGUUCACCGAACAGCUGUGCCAAGCGCACUGGCUGUCGACUGGAUUGGAAAGAACUUGUAUUGGUGUGACGUGGAGAGAAAGACGCUGGAAGUGUCCAAAUCCAACGGUUUAUACCCCACCGUCUUAGUGAGCUCUGGCCUGAAGAACCCCACGGACCUGGCUCUGGACGCUCAAACCGGGUAUGUGUUCUGGAUUGACUGCUGUGAAAACCCUCACGUCGGUCGAAUUGGCAUGGACGGCCAAGGCCAAAGCGUUAUUGUGAACAAAGACAUCUACAGCCCCUCAGCUCUAACCAUUGACUACACAAACAAGAGAAUCUACUGGGCUGAUGAUGAUCACAUCCUUUUUGCCAACAUGGACGGUUCUCAGAGGCACCGGGUACCUCAUGAACACAUCCAGGGUGUGAUGGGGCUCACACUGUUCGAGGACUUCAUUUAUUGGACCGACGGGAAGUCCAAAUCUCUCCGCCGAGCUCAUAAGACCACCGGUGCUAAUGCUGUCGAGCUCCUAAAUUCAUGGCAAGCCAUUAAGUCUGUCAUUGUCUACCACCCACUGCGCCAGCCUGAAGUCCCAAAACACCAAUGUCAAGUGGCCAAUGGAGGUUGUAGUCACUUGUGUUUACUCUCUCCUGGUGGAGGUCACAAGUGUGCCUGCCCAACUAACUUCUACUUGGCCGCCGAUAAUAAGACAUGCCUGUCCAACUGCACAGCCAGCCAGUUCCGCUGUGGAACGGAUGAGUGCAUCCCCUUCUGGUGGAAAUGCGAUACAGUAGACGACUGCGGUGAUGGGUCUGAUGAGCCUGCGGAUUGUCCGGAAUUCAAAUGCCAGCCUGGCCGUUUUCAGUGUGGCACUGGCCUUUGUGCCUUACCUCCUUUCAUCUGCGAUGGAGAGAAUGACUGCGGGGACAACUCAGACGAAGCCAACUGUGAUACAUACAUCUGUCUGUCAGGACAGUUCAAGUGUACCCGAAAGCAGAAGUGUAUACCUUUAAAUCUUCGUUGCAAUGGUCAGGACGACUGUGGGGAUGGCGAGGAUGAGACAGACUGCCCUGAGAGCACUUGUUCUCCAGACCAGUUCCAGUGUAAGGCCACCAUGCAUUGCAUCUCAAAGCUGUGGGUGUGCGACGAGGACCCGGACUGUGCAGACGGCUCUGACGAGGCCAAUUGUGAUGAAAAGACCUGCGGACCUCAUGAAUUUCGCUGUGAGAAUAACAACUGCAUCCCGGACCACUGGAGAUGUGACAGCCAGAACGACUGUGGAGACAACUCCGAUGAAGAGCAUUGCAAGCCGGUGACCUGUAAUCAUAAGGAUUUUGCCUGCGCCAGUGGGGACUGUAUCUCAGCACGCUUCCGUUGCGAUGGUGACUAUGACUGCGCUGAUAAUUCGGAUGAGAAGGAUUGCGAGACUCAUUGUGCAGAGGAUCAGUUUCAAUGCCACAACAAUCUCUGCAUCUCACGAAAAUGGUUGUGUGAUGGCCAGGAAGACUGUAAGACAGGGGAAGAUGAGCGAAAUUGCUUAGGAACAGUGGUUCCCUCCUGCUCUCUAAAUGAGUAUGUGUGCGCCAGUGGAGGUUGUGUAUCUGCCAGCCUGAGGUGUGAUGGACAUGACAACUGCCUGGACAGUUCUGAUGAGAUGGACUGUGUCAAGGAGUGCAGAGAAGAUGAGUUUCUGUGCAAAAACCAUGCUCACUGCAUCCCCAAACGAUGGCGCUGCGAUGACGUGUUUGAUUGUGUGGACCACAGCGAUGAGGAAACCUGCGGUCAUGAUGCUUUCUUCUGUCGCCCCGAUGAGUUCAUCUGCAACAACACCCUGUGUAAGCUGCAUGUGUGGGUGUGCGAUGGUGAGGAUGACUGCGGAGACAACUCUGAUGAAGACUCAGAAAUGUGCGCCAAACUACCUUGUCCUCCAGCAAGGCCAUAUCGCUGCAGAAAUGACAGAGUGUGUCUACGGCUUGAUCAAAUCUGUAACAAUGUGGAUAACUGUGGGGACAACUCAGAUGAAGAUGAAUGUGAGACUGUGUCAACUAGGCCCAAGCCGUGUGGAAAGGCAGAGUUUACCUGUAGUAAUCGUAAAUGUAUACCCGCACAGCUACAGUGUGAUCUGUUUGAUGACUGUGGAGAUGGAGGAUCAGAUGAACGGGACUGCAAGGCUUCUUCAAAUGGAGACAUAUGUGGAAAGAGGAUGAAUCCAUGUGGGGAGGAUGCAGUGUGCAAUCAUACAAACACAAAUGCAAUUUGCCACUGCAAACCUGGCUUUCAGAGAAAUCUCAGAAGCAGAAAGUGUGAAGAAAUCAAUGAGUGCCUUAACUUUGGCACUUGCUCUCACUAUUGCACAAACACAAAAGGAUCAUACAAAUGUACAUGUGACAAAAAUUAUAAGGAUAUGAAUGGUAGCUGCAUAGCAAAAGGACCAGAAGAUCGAGUGCUCUACAUAGCUAAUGACACUGAAAUCCGAAGUUUUGUGUAUCCAUUUAACCAGAGCCAUGGACACAAAGUACAUGCUCGCAUCGAGGAAAAUGCCCGCAUCAUUGGGAUGGAUGCUUUGUAUCACCAACAAAAGUUUAUCUGGGCUACUCAGUUUAAUCCCGGUGGACUUUUUUACAAAGAUAUCCUAAACAGGAGUCAAACUAAAACAAAUGUUGGCAUCAUAUGCCCAGACUUCCGCAGACCCAGAGAUGUGUCAGCUGACUGGGUGACUGGUAAUAUCUACUGGACAGACCACUCUAGGAUGCACUGGUUCAGUUAUUACACAGCUCACUGGACCAAGCUUAGAUACUCGAUUAAUGUGGGGCAGCUCAAGGGACCCAACUGCACCCGUCUGAUAACUGACAUUGCAGGAGAGCCUUAUGCCAUUACUGUCAAUCCAGUCAAAGGGAUGAUGUAUUGGUCAGUAAUAGGUGACCACUCACACAUAGAGGAGAGUGCGAUGGAUGGCUCCAUGCGUAGAGUACUUUUGGACAAGAAUCUUCGAAGACCCACAGGGUUGGCGGUUGAUUACUUCAGCCAGCGUGUGUACUGGGCCGAUGCCGAGCUCUCUGUUAUUGGUAGUGUCCGUUUCGAUGGCUCAGACCCAUUGGUGGUUAUCGAUAACAAGCAAGGAAUAUCACAUCCGUACAGAAUAGAUCUUUUUGAGGAUUACAUUUAUGGAACAGGACUGAAAAAUGAAGUUUUCCGAAUACAAAAAUAUGGGAAAAAAAACAUUGAACCUCUCGAUCUGGGCAUUGAAAAAACAACAAAUGUCCUGAUCUCUCAUCGUUUCAAGCAGCAGGAUGUGGCCAAUCCCUGUCUUAGGAUGACCUGCGAUUUUAUGUGCUUGCUCAAUCCAACCGGGGCCAGCUGCACCUGUCCAGAGGGGAAGACCUUGGUCAAUGGCUCUUGUAUUGACCCCAUUGUUUCAGGUGAGCUGUGCCGACCUGCCUGUGAGAAUGGAGGGCGUUGCUUGGGCAAUGAAAAAGGAGACUGGCGCUGUUACUGCUGGCCCAGUUUCUCUGGAGAGCGCUGUGAAGUCAAUCACUGUACAGAUUACUGCUUAAACGGAGGCACGUGCACUGGCUCACCUCUCGGGAAACCUACUUGUCGCUGCAUGACAGGAUUCACCGGUCCAAACUGUGAGAGGCGGGUCUGUGAUAAUCACUGUCUGAAUGGAGGCACAUGUGAAAUAAGCGUUGGAAACCAGCCAGUGUGCCGCUGCUUGGCAGAGUACACGGGUGACCGCUGUCUGCAUCAUAUCUGUCAUCACCACUGUGUCAAUUCCAAGGCGUGUACGCUGUCCGGGUCAGGACACGUUGAAUGCGUGUGCCCGGCUCGCUAUGAAGGGAUAAAGUGCGAUGUCGACAAGUGCCUGCGCUGCCACGGAGCCCCGUGUAUCGUUGAUGGAGAUACGGGAGAAGUGGCUUGCAAUUGUACCAGCGGUCGAAUCGCCUCCAGCUGCCAGUUGUGUGAUGGCUACUGCUAUAAUGGAGGCACCUGUCAUCUUGACCCCGACACCAGCCUACCCUUCUGCCAAUGCUCAGCUAACUGGUCGGGGACGCAGUGCGAGAGGCCGGCCCCCAAGAGCAGCCGCUCUGAUAACACAGCUGGAGGAAGUAUAGCUAUCAUUGUGCCGUUGGUCCUGCUGGUCAUUCUGAUUACUACAGUGGUUACCGGUGUCUUUAUCUGCAGAAGACGACAAAGGGGGAAACGUGUACAGCGACAGCCCAUAACUAAUGGAGGCAUUAAUGUGGAGAUUGGCAAUCCAUCCUACAACAUGUAUGAGGUGGACCAUGACAACCACGCAGAUGCCGGAAGCCUUCUCAAACCAAAUUUCACACUCGACCCCCAAAAGGGCUGGUGUGUAAAAUCCAGUGACCCUUGCACGCUGAAUAUUCAUUCUGUCCCUAAGGAAGUAAUACCUGGACAGCCAAUGAACUACUCCAAUCCGAUGUACGCGAAGAUGUACCUGGAUGGUCAGAACUGUCGCAAACCAGUCCUCAACAUUGACGAAAGGAGAGAGCUACUCCCAAAGAAACUUGAGGGGACGAUUCGAGAAACCGCCGCAUAGCCUGACUACACUUUAUACUCUUUUUUUACUUCAAUGUACAAAAUGUAUAAAACUAAAGGAAAACAAACAAAAAAAAAAAUUUCUAUUUCCUAUCAGGUUCAGAUAUCUUGUUUAUAUUUGAUUUCUUGGCACCAUCAGCAUGGCGCCUCUAUGUCUGUUGCGAUACUUGGAGUCAUACUUGUCCAUCUCAACUGUUUUGUUGCUGCACUGCACAUGUGACACGCAACUGCUCAUUUGCACAUUGUGGGCAGUUAACAAAAUUACAACUGCAAAGUAUUUUCCUUUUAAUUGGUGUUUAUUUCUUCCUAAAUUAAGUAAGUUGCCUUAGGGCAUCAUGACAGCUUAUGCCUUUUUUUCUUUCUAGUGUUUACUUCACAUUACACUGUGAGAGUUUUCAUUUCCGUGUAGUAUUAACCUCAUUUAUCAUAUUUAAUUAUGCUCGAAAUGCCAUAUUUAUGCCAUUUAAAUGUUUUUUUGUUAUAUUCAUGUACGAUUUUAUCCUUUAUUUCCCCCCUUUCCGCUUUCCUCCACAACAUAGGGCUACACAAGUCAACCACUUGACUUCAGUCAGUUCUUAUUGUUUGUUUUUGCUUCAUGAAGUGAUUUUUCAUUUUCACCACCCAGAAAAAUGCUGCAAUUAUGAACCGUGUUUAUGAAACCCAACAAUGUGGCAUGCUGGGACAGCUCAGCACUGAAUGGAAAUAUUGACCAAGUGCCGUCUUGUCUACGCUUUGACAGAACCUUUACAGAGCUGGUGUCAGUUUGAUGGUCAUUAUACUACAAUCUGGUAGUUGUGUGUGAGACUUUUCUGCAACUUUGCCUGCUUAAAGCUACAUUUGAGCUCAGCAAUACAGCUACACCGGCUUCAUCAAGCAAAUUAAAGCUGACUUCAUCACUGUUAGACAAUAGACCUAGGGUAAGAUAUCACGUACAGGUCACGGAUCAUCCUUGGUGUGUCGUGGAUGCCAGAGAGAAUCAAAAUUACUGUUACAUGGGAAUUUUAGAGAUUAUGAAUUACAUCAUAUUACUGCUUACUUUCAGAAGGGAAGCUACUAAGAGACAGAUUUUAUAAUUUUGUAUUUGAUUUAUAUGUUGUUUGGCUGCUUGUAUUUUGGGGGAAAAAAUGUAUUAAAUGUAAGUACUUUUUAUAUAAAAAGCAAAUCAAUAUAAAAUAAAGACAUUUU